AUGCUUCCGAUGGCGAGGCCCGCCAUCUCUGGCGCUCUGUGCGCUGCGCGACCCCGUUUCGUUGCCUCUAUCCCCCGUGCCCAACCCUUCGCGGCCCUCUCGACUUCGUCAAUCAAAUCAGCGACAGCGCUCGAGCGUCAACCAUCAGCAGCCGCCCAGCAAUUGACCGCGUCAGGCAAGACCCGCCGAGAGGUGCCUUUGCCCAGCCAGGAGAAGAAGGAGGGUGCUAUGCAAUAUGCCUUGACCACCCUUGAUCAGAUUGCCAAUUGGGCUCGUCAAAGCUCUUUGUGGCCCAUGACCUUCGGUCUCGCAUGCUGCGCCGUGGAGAUGAUGCACCUUUCUACCCCCCGUUACGAUCAGGAUCGUCUUGGAAUCAUUUUCCGUGCUUCUCCGCGUCAAUCCGAUGUUAUGAUUGUGGCCGGUACAUUGACGAACAAGAUGGCCCCUGCUCUCCGCCAGGUCUAUGAUCAAAUGCCCGACCCCCGGUGGGUUAUCAGCAUGGGCAGUUGUGCCAACGGUGGUGGCUACUACCACUACAGUUACUCGGUCGUGCGGGGCUGUGACCGGGUUGUGCCGGUCGAUAUCUACGUGCCUGGAUGCCCACCCACUUCCGAGGCACUGAUGUACGGUAUCUUCCAGCUGCAGAAGAAGAUGAGACAAACUAGAAUCACACGCAUGUGGUACCGCCGUUAA